AUGGCUGCCCAGGCUGGCGUCCUCUACCUCCCAGCUCGCGGAGAGAUCCUGGGCUGUUUUGGGUUGACUGAGCCCAACCACGGCAGUGACCUCAGUGGCAUGGAGACCCGGGCUAAGUUCAACCCCUCCAGCCGCACCUUCACUCUCACUGGCUCCAAGACCUGGAUCACCAACUCCCCUGUGGCGGACAUCGCUGUGGUCUGGGCCAAGUGUGACGAUGGGAAGGUGAGUGGCUUCAUCCUGGAGCGCGGUAUGAAGGGCUUCACCACACCCAAGAUCGAGGGCAAGUUUUCCCUGAGGGCAUCUGCCACUGGCAUGAUCAUCAUGGAUGAGGUGGAGGUUCCUGAGGAGAACCUGCUGCCCAAAAUCUCUGGCAUGGGGGGUCCCUUUGGUUGCAUGAACAAUGCCCGGUAUGGCAUCGCCUGGGGUUCACUAGGUGCUGCAGAGUUCUGCUUCCACGCGGCUCAUCAGUACACACUAGACAGAAUCCAGUUUGGAGUACCCCUCGCCAGAAACCAGCUGAUGCAGAAAAAGAUGGCUGACAUGUUGACAGAAAUCACCAUUGGCCUGCAGGCCUGUCUACAGCUGGGGAGACUCAUCGAUGCCAAAAAGGCAGCCCCUGAGAUGAUCUCUAUGCUAAAGAGGAACAACUGUGGGAAGUCCCUGGACAUCGCCCGGCAGGCCAGAGACAUGCUGGGAGGAAACGGCAUCUCUGACGAGUACCACAUCAUCCGCCAUGUUAUGAACCUGGAGACCGUCAACACAUACGAAGGUACCCAUGACAUCCAUGCCCUGAUCCUGGGCAGAGCCAUCACUGGACUGCAGUCUUUCACUGUUAAUACCUAACUGCCUGUUGCUAGUGCUCAAACAGACCACUAACAGAAACCUCAAGUCAAUCUGUUCCUUAAACAAAGGACAAGUAGUUCUACACUGCUUUGAUGGCUUGUCUUCUACAGAAACACUGACGCUAAUGUUGCCUCUCUCUUGAGUUUGUAGAAUAUGGGCUGGUUUUCUGGACACAGAUUAAGCUUGGUCCUGGACUAAAAAAGCAUGCUCAAUGGAGCAUUUCGAUUGAAAUAGCUUUUUAGAACAGGACUAGGCUUAGUCUGUGUCCGGGAAACCAGUCCUAAAUCUAUAUUUUAUGCGAAAGACUUUCCUUUAAGACUUGACCUGGUCUAUCAUCGAUCUCAUGGACAAUUCAUGAGUGUAAUUAUUUCAAUUUGAAAAACAAAGCUAUUUUUCUACUCUGUCAUAAAACCCUAGUACUUACUGGUUAGUUUGGACAAUUUCUGACUACAAUGUUUUUGUAAUAGUUUCUAUACUGUGGAAGUUAAGAUGGUUCAGAAUGAAUCACUGUUUCCUCACAACAUUUGUAGUAAAAUAGUUGUUGACAAACAUUUUAAAAUUAGGUCAAGAUCCAUACUUAUGUCCUGAGUUUUUAGAACUGUGAUGGUACUAAUGACCAGUUAUUGGUAAUUGAAUGCCAAAUAAAUUAUACUACAUUUACUGUUAGUU